ACUGCCCCUAGUGUGGUCAUUCUUUGCUUGUAAAUGAUGCCACUGUUUUGAUGAUUGAGUAAGAGAUAUUGUUUGUCAAAAAAAAUGAAAGAGAGAGGGAGAAAGGGGAUCUGGCCUUGGGCCUUGGCAGGCCACGCUAGAUGGUGCGUGCGUGCACGUGGGGAGGAUUCGUAUACCCCUGAAAAAACGUGGGAGGAUUCGUUCUUUGGAAAGGGAGUGAAAAAAAAGAUGGAAAACGGGAGAUCGGUAUUACGGACGAGACUCCCUCGUUUCCCUCGAUCAAUAAGAUUUGCGCCUUCUCCGAGCUGAUCGAUCUACACGUACGCCUGCCGGCCGGCCACAUGGAGGGAACCAACGGCGACGGCAAUGGUGUAUGCUUCCCCUACGAUGUGCUACUCAACAUCCUCCGCCGCCUCCCCCGCCGUGCCGUCGCCAAGUCCCGCUGCGUCUGCCGUGUGUGGCGCGCCCUCCUCGACGCCCACAAGCCCCUCCCUCUAAUGGUGUUCUUCGACGUGACCAUCGGCGGCGCCCCCGCAGGCCGCAUCGUGAUGGAGCUCUUCGCCAAGGACGUGCCCAAGACGGCGGAGAACUUCCGCGCUCUCUGCACCGGCGAGAAGGGCAUCGGCAAGAGCGGCGAGCCGCUGCACUACAAGGGCAGCGCGUUCCACCGCGUCAUCCCCGACUUCGUGAUCCAGGGCGGGGACUUCACCAGGGGCAACGGCACCGGCGGCGAGUCCAUCUACGGCGGCAAGUUCUCCGACGAGAAUUUCAUCCGCAAGCACAUCAAGCCCGGGAUGGUCUCCAUGGCCAACGCGGGCCCCGACACCAACGGCUCUAAUUUCUUCAUCUGCACCGUCCCCUGCGCGUUGCUCGACGGCAAGCACGUAGUCUUCGGCGAGGUCGUCGAGGGCAUGGACGUCCUCAAGAACAUCGAGAAGGUGGGCUCCCGCAGUGGCAUGUGCGCCAAGUCCGUCAUCAUCGCCGACAUCGGCCAGCUCUGAGCCUGUACGCGCUGCGGCCAAUUGUCAGUAGUUCGUCGUGCUCCCAUGUCAUGUCGUUGAUCUAAAAUAAGAAGUUGGCAUGA